AUGCAAGAGAGUGGAGAUAAUGAGAAUUGUCAAGUUGAAUAUCUAGAAUCUCCUGUCAAAUCGGAGAAUGACAAGAAAGAAUAUAGAACCAUCAGAUUACCAAAUGGUUUAGAAGUUUUGCUAAUUUCCGAUGAACAUUUAAUAACAUCCUUUUCUCAAGAAAAAAAGGCAGCAUGUAGCUUAUUCAUAGACGUAGGAAAUUUCAGCGAUAUGCCAGAAUUUCCGGGCAUAUCAUUUUUCUUAGGGUAUAUGUUUUCUCAAGAAUCCGAGAAAUAUUCCGAGCAAUCAGGUAUUACUAUGGCAGAUUUUAUUGAAGACCAUAAUGGCACUAUUUAUAUCGAUGUGACCCACGAACAUACAAUAUUUUACUUUGAUAUCGAAGAAGACAACUUUUUUUUAGCUCUCUAUAAUUUUGGCGUUUUUUUUGAGGAUCCUAUAAUGCCGAAACAUGUAUUUAUAGAGAAACAAAAUGCUAUAAAAAACGAGUUUCAGAUAUUAUUUGGCAAGUCGAGAUACGAACAACUAUUUUCCUCCUUCGCACAAACUGGUCAUCCAACCAACAAGUUUUCUGUGGAUCAUUUAAUAAAAUUGCGGAAUAAUAUUGAUCACGAUAAAUUGUACGAUGUGCUAAAUAAAUUUAAAGAGCGCCACUACUGUGCUCACAGAAUGAAGCUAGCAAUACAGUCGAGAUUUCGAUUGAAUACAAUGGAAAAAUUUGUCAAAGUAUGCUUUGCUGAUAUACCAAAUAACAAAAUGCCUCCAGAUAAUUUUUCCAAAUUUAAAAACGCUCUGCCUUUUGAUACUCCCGCUUUCCGAAAAAUGUAUAAAAUUAAAUAUGAUGAGGAACAUUUGACACAACUAAAAAUAACGUGGGCCUUGCCUUCGUUCUCCGGUUUUUAUAAAUGUAAUUCAUAUCAAUAUAUCCCGAGGAUUAUUGGAUAUAAAGGAGAAGGUUCCUUAAUUAGUUAUCUACGACAAAAAAUGUGGAGCCCAUCAGACAAUAUAUUUGAUUGUAAGAGUCAACAAAACUCUUUGUACGGCUUAAUACAGCUCACCAUAGUACUCACUUCUGAAGGACGAAAAUAUCUGGAAGAUGUUCUAAAUGCAAUAUUUUCUUUUAUCAAUUUACUAAAGGCAACAGGUCCGCAGAAAGCAAUUUACAAUGACAUUUAUGAACAAAAUAAUUUUAGAUUUACUAAUUACAACAACAAACCAAUCUCUUUUGUAAAACACUUGAGUAAGAAUAUGCAUUUCUUUCCAUCGAAGGCUUAUAUAAUUGGAAACUCGCUUAAUUCCAAUUAUAAUGCAAAAGUUAUACAAAAAUGUUUGAAUUAUUUGGUACCUGAGAUGGCGAAUAUUAUGAUUUUCUCAAAGAAUUUUAAUGAUUUCGAAUUAAAGAAGAUUGAACCAUGGUGGCACACGGCAUAUACGGAUAUUGAGAUACCGAAAAAAUGGAUCGAACGUUGGAAAGUCAUUGAGCCACUACCAGAAUUUUCUUUACCAUCACCGAAUAUAUUUCUUACCAAGAAAGACGUUUGUCUAAUGCAGGUACCAAAUGAACAAAUUGAGAAAUAUCCUAUAAAAGUACACAGUAAUUCUGUGUCGGAGAUUUGGUAUCACUCGAAUCCUAAGUUUUGUUUACCGAAAUGUUGUAUAUAUUUCUAUUUUAUUUCCCCUCUAAAAUAUCAGUCAUUAAAGAAUGAAAUUCUCAUGCGUAUGUACUGCAGACUAUUGAAACAGCUAUUAACCGAAAAAUUAUAUCCAGCUGAACUGAUUGGAUUUAAAUACGUUAUCAGAUUCCUUCUGAAUGGUUUUACAUUAAAAAUAAGCGGUCUUAAUGAAACUCUGCCACUUGUAGCGGCUACUUUGGCACAAGGAAUGGUGCAAUGUUCAAGCUUUAUUACGAAGGACAUAUUUGAAAAUAUCAAAAUUGAACAAAUUCAGACAUAUUAUGACUCAGUUAGCAAAUCUGAGAUUUUCAUCAUCGACAUGAUAUUGUCGAUACUGAAACACAUCCAUCAUUCACAAAUUGAUAUAUUUACUGCUGUACAGGAUAUCACUUUGAAAGACUUUCAAGACUUUGUAAAAUCCUUUACCGAACGUCUAUACAUUCAAUGUCUCGUGCAAGGAAACAUAACGCCGUCUGCUGCGAUCAAGAUCGUACAGCAAUUUAUUAAAACAAUUAAUUGUAGCUCUUUACACUCAAAUACGAUACAACAGUUUAGAGGCACUCAAAUACCAUUGGGCAUAAGUUAUUACAAGAUUAAAAAUAUCAACAAAUUAGAUACAACUUCCAUGAUAAAAAAUUAUUAUCAAGCCGGUGUCACUGCGAUUGAUUUAGCUACAUUAAUCCGUCUGAUAAGCUAUAUAAUGGACGAUAAGUUACACGAGGUACUCGCAGAUAAAUUUGAUGCCACGGUCAACGUUGUAAACUAUUACGGAAUUUUAGGAUAUUCCAUUACUGUUUGCACUCAAGCACAUAAAUACAAAACUGAAUACGUUGAUAAGAAGAUCGAUGAAUUUUUGAGAUGGUUUAAAAACGAUUUGGAAAAACUCACAGAAGAGGAAUUGGAUGUUUAUAAAGAAAUGUUCCUGAAAUCUAGAUCAUAUGACGAUGUCAAUAUUGAAAACGAAAGAAAUUGGUAUCAGAUCCUGUAUCAAACUUACGUAUUUAACUUACAUGAACAGGAAAUACUUGCUCUAAAGGAUAUAAAUGUUAAAAAGCUGAGGGAAUGGUUUGCAGACCACACAUCGAACGGAAGUAAUUUCAGAAAAUUGAGUUUGCAUAUUGUAGGAACUAUUCCCAAAAAAGCAAAAUACGUUGAUUUAGAAUACAUAAAUGACGAUCAUCAGCAGUACAAGCCAACUAAAUAUCAUUAUAUUACUAAAGUAGAAAAUUAUAAGAAAAAACUCUUCAUAUUUCCAACUAAGUGUUCAACAAUCCUCUCAGAGCACAGAACACAUUAA